AUGCCCGGCUCGAUUCGAUCCAUCAAGCGCCGGCCGACGGCCAAGUCGGCUGCCAAGCGCAUCAGCCGCAUCUUUCGUCGUUCGAGCAUGGAGGAGAAUGAAGGAGGUGCACCUAGCGAUCAAGGCCAACCCGCCAAGGACUCAUCCGAGGGAUCUCGACCCUCGACGUCUUCUCGAUACUCGACCAUCUCCCGAAUCACCACCCGUGAAGAAGCCGACGUCCCUCCUCUGCCGCCAAAGGAUCAGUCACGCCCUAUUCCCCCAAGGUUCAACACUGAGCCGGAGAAGGAACCUGAGCUCCCGCCCAAGGAGGUGUCUCGUCCUCUUCCGCCGAGAUUCAACACCGAGCCUGAGAAGGAGCCCGAGGCGCUGACUCCUCUUCCUCUUUUUGCACCCAAGCCGGUGGUACAGCAGCCGCAGCCGCCAAGGGAGCUACCCAAGCCAGUUGAGAAGAAGAUUGAGAAGAAGCCUGAGCCUGUCCUCGAGAAGAAGCCUGUGGUGUCUGCUCCUAAGGUCCUCGAUGAGCCAGAGUCCCCGAUCUUACCGACGAGACAAGUCAGAGAGGAGCCCAAGGUUCAGCCAAAAACCGAGCCCAAGACUCAGCCAAAGGUCGAACCCAAGAUAGAGUCAACACCAAAGAUCGAGUCCAAGCCCAAGCCUGCUCAGCCAAAGAUUGAACUCGCAAAGAAACCCAUCCUCCCCCCUCCCACGGUCGAGGAUGCACCCGAGAGUCCGACCUUCCCUAUUCAGAAGCCCGAGGCCGAAGUUAAGAUUGAGUCAAAGCCGGCGCCAGCAAAGAAGCCAGAGCCAGUAAAGAAGCCCUCGAUCCCUGCUCCUACUGUCCAAGAUGCACCAGAGUCUCCCACCCUGCCGGCUAAGGAGGUUAAAGAGGAACCUAAGAUUCUGACUGAGAUCAAGCCCAAGGUUGAGGCAAAGGUUACAACAAAGAUCGAGCCAAAGACCGUUCCCAAGGCUGAGCCAAAGGUUGAACCCAAGAUUGUUCCCAAGGCUGCGCCCAAGGUCGAGUCAAAGAUCGAACCAAAGGCCCAGCCUGUUGAACCUAGGACUGAAACCAAGGCCCAACCCAAGAUCACCCCCAAGGCUGAGCCGAAGAGUCAACCUAUUGCCGAGCCCAAGACCGUCCCCAAGACUGAACCAAAGGUCAAGUCAAAGGUCGAACCCAAGCCUGAGCCCAGGAUUGAAGCCAAGGUUCAACCCAAGCCCGAGGUCACAGCUGAACCCAAGAUCCAGCCCAGAGUAGAGGCGAAGAUCGAACCUAAGGCUGCUCCUAAGUCUGUCCCCGCGGCUGAGCCCAAGAUUGAGCCAAAGGCUGCUCCCAAGACUCAACCCAUCAUCGAGCCCAAGGUUGAGUCCAAGCCUGAACCAAAAAUCGAAACCAAGCUUCAACCCAAGUCUCAGCCUCCAGUUCAACCCCUUCAGCCAAGGCAGGCUCCCAAGAUCGCACCCUCAAAGCCAGCCCCUGUCCCCGCCGAGACGACUCGCAAGAUCCCUCAAGCCAAGCCAACCCCAAGAGCACAAGCUCCUCCCAAGGUCGCCUCCAUCUCGCCCACCCCCAGCGUCUCAGCUGCUCCAUCAACAGCCUCCGGACCCAGCACCGCCUCUGCCCCUGAGACUGCCUACAUUUCCAGCUUCACCUCCGCCCCGUCCACCUUCCGAGCCCCAAGCCCGGCUUUCGCGCCCACAACCGCUCCGCCCCCAUACACCGCUCCCGCUCCGGAAACAGCCCCGGCCCCGACCAUGGCCGCGGCGCCCGAGGUCGUCAUGUCCAUGCUCGCCUGGGCCUACCCAGAGCCUGCCCCUAUCCCCAGCCUGGCCUCGACUCCCCGGCGGGCUCGCUCGCCUUCCGUCUCUUGGCUCACAGCUUCUGCUUGA